UAUUGAGAAAAAGACAACCAAAAGACUAUAAAAAGAAGUGUAUGAAAACCGUGGGAAUGGACUGAAUGAAUCAUUGCUACACCGGUCCUACAUUGAACAAAACAACAGUGAGUCAGAGUGAGACAUGGCAAGUGUGGGGUUAGCAGCCAUAGCGUUUCUGUGGUUUUUUUCUUUAUUCAUUAUUAACCCUUCAGUCUCCGGCGUCAUCCAACUACGGCUGCUGGAAAAACACGUGGCCUUCUUCGUCUUCGGCGAUUCACUGUACGAUCCCGGUAACAAUAAUUACAUCAACACUACUGCUGACUACCAAGCCAACUUCUGUCCUUAUGGCAAGACGUUUUUUCAUUUUCCCACCGGUAGAUUCUCCGAUGGUCGUCUAAUCCCUGAUUUUAUCAGUCAAUAUGCCGGCCGUCCCUUGAUCCCCCCGUAUUUAAAGCCUGGGGUUACCAACUAUGCUUAUGGGGUGAACUUUGCCUCUGGUGGGGCUGGAGUUCUUGUUGAGAGUCACCGUGGUUUUGUGGUAGACCUUCAAACUCAACUAAGGUAUUUCAAGAAAGUGGAGAAGCGGUUGUGUCAAAAACUAGGCCCUGCAAAAGCCAAGAAAUUGAUCUCUGCAGCUGUUUACUUGUUUAGCGCGGGAGGCAACGAUUACAUUUCCCGUUUUACAGCUGACUCCACUGUUUUCGACAAGCAAUAUAAGAAAGAAUACGUUGGCAUGGUGUUAGGCAAUUUGACCCAAGUUCUUCAAGAAAUUUACAAAACCGGAGGAAGGAAAUUUGCGUUUGUAAGUGUGCCACCAUUGGGUUGUCUUCCAGGGAUAAAAGUGCUUAAACCAGAAAACAAGGGUGCCUGCUAUGAUGAAAUUACAUCUCUGGCUAAACUACACAACAUACAACUUCCUAAAGUCCUAAGAAAGAUACAGAGUGAACACAAAGAUUUCAACUACACAAUGUAUGAUUUGUUUACUUCUAUAAGUGAAAGAAUUGAUGACCCUUCCAAAUAUGGUUUCAAGGAUGCUAGUAUGGGAUGUUGUGGCGGUGGUUUGUACAGAGGAGUUUACAGCUGUGGUGGGAAGAGAGGAGAAACAGAGUUUGAGUUGUGUGAUAACGUUGGUGAUUACUUCUUCUUUGAUUCUGUUCAUCCAUCUGAAAAAGCAUACAAGCAACUAUCACAGAUGUUUUGGAGUGGGGGCCCUGAUGUCACGUGCCCUUACAAUCUCGAACAAUUUUUUGAAUUUUAGUGGAUCUGCAGAUGACCAUUGUGCAUUAUAUAUUCAGCUGCAGCAUGUACGAAGAGUUUUAAGUGUUUUUCUAGUAGCUCUUCCAUCAAACCAACGAAACACUAGGCCUCUUCAGAGACAUGGAGCAUAGUUUUAGAAUUUCUAUGUAUGCACGUGGUCUUAGCUUCUAUAAAUGAAUAUCACUCAUAAUAUAUACCACACUUUUCUCUUGUAAAAAAAUAAAAUAAUGAAAAUAAGUGGUUUUAUUUCAA